GCUUUUAUCACGGCCUUCCCCUUCCUGCCGGGUCACGUAUUCUGAGCUUGGGCCAUCCUGGGCCACAGGGGUGCCUCCAGAGGGGUGGGGGGCAGAGGGGCAGAACCCGCUUAGGGCCGGGGCUCCCCUCUCCUGGAAGGGCAGUGGCCACCCCCAGCCCUGCUCCCCCAAAUAGGUCCUGGUUCCUGGGCGAGUGUGACCCUUCUAGAACUCCUUCCAUGACUAUGUCCCCCUAGAAUCCUAGGUUUCCUCUCCUGCCAUUCUUUAGGGGCCCGUGCCUGUACCCACGCUUUCGCUCCCAUCUCCCCUCGAGACCACUCGUUGGCAUCGUCGUCCCCCACCGCCAAUUACCCUUCCUCCAGCAAGAGUAGAGAAGGAAGAGCUCCAGCGUUGGAUUUCCAGCACCGGGAUCCCCAGGGUCAGGCCCCGCCCCACUUCCCGGCCGGCUCCGCCCCCGGCCCAGGCGGGCCGGCGUGAGGUCACGUGGUGCGCGGGGGUUUCCCCGCUCCACCCGCCGUGACGUCAUGGGCCAGGCUAGGCCAAUGGGGGCGGCGGACUGCGCAGCGCCGGGGAAUUCCGCGGCCCCGCCCCCAGCCUCCCGCUGCCUCCCCCGCCCCCCUGCGGCCCGGCCCGGCCCGGCCCGGCUCCCGGCUCCGACUCCGACUCCAGCUCGGCUCUGCUGCGGCCCGUGGGGAGCCUGCCCGGCUCAGAGCGCACCGCGCCCCUGGCUCUGGGCCCCGGGCCCCUGCCAUGCGGAGGAGCUGCCGCCCGGCCCGCCCGGCCCCCGCCGCCCCUGCCGCGGCCGCCGCCUCCGUGCUGGCCGCCAUGGGCCCCACUGACCUCCCAGCCUUGACUCUGCCCACCUCUCGGACCACAGAUGAGUUGGACAUCAUUGAUGAAUACAUUAAGGAGAAUGGCUUCCCUCUGGAGCGGGCCUCUUCUGGGGAGGGAGGCCUCCGGCUGGUCCCUCGGGGCCCCGCCUCCUUGAGCACUGUGACCCUGGGGUGCCCACCCCCCCCACCCCCGCUCCCACCAGCCUGGCCAGGCCCCCGGCCCCACCUGGUCAUCACGGAACAGCCCAAGCAGCGGGGGAUGCGCUUCCGCUAUGAGUGCGAGGGCCGCUCUGCUGGCAGCAUCCUUGGAGAAAGCAGUACAGAGGCUAGCAAGACCCUGCCAGCCAUCGAGCUCCGGGACUGCGGGGGCAUCCGGGAGGUGGAGGUCACAGCCUGCUUGGUGUGGAAGGACUGGCCCCACCGCGUUCACCCCCAUGGCCUCGUGGGCAAGGACUGUGCUGAUGGCGUCUGCCGGGUCCGACUGCGGCCUCACGUCAGCCCGAGACACAGCUUCAACAAUUUAGGGAUUCAGUGUGUCCGCAAGCGGGAGAUUGAAGCUGCCAUUGAAAGGAAGAUUCAGCUCGGCAUUGACCCGUACAAUGCCGGUUCCCUUAAGAACCAUCAGGAAGUGGACAUGAACGUUGUGAGGAUCUGCUUCCUGGCCUCCUACCGGGAUGCCCAGGGCCAGCUCAGGAGGCUGGAGCCCGUGCUCUCUGACCCUGUUUAUGACAAGAAGUCAACAAACACAUCAGAGCUGAGGAUCUGCCGUAUUAACAAGGAGAGCGGACCCUGCACAGGAGGAGAGGAGCUGUACCUGCUGUGCGACAAGGUGCAGAAAGAGGACAUCUCCGUGGUGUUCAGUACGGCCUCCUGGGAAGGCCGGGCCGACUUCUCCCAGGCUGACGUACACAGGCAGAUCGCCAUCGUGUUCAAGACUCCGCCCUAUGAGGACUUGUCCAUCCCUGAGCCAGUCACCGUCAAUGUGUACCUGCAGCGCCUGACGGACGGCGUGUGCAGUGAGCCCCUGCCCUUCACGUAUCUGCCCCUUGACCAUGACAGCUAUGGUGUGGACAAGAAGAGAAAGCGAGGGAUGCCAGAUGUCCUGGAAGAGCUGCGCAGCUCAGACCCUCACGGCAUCGAGAGCAAACGUCGGAAAAAGAAGCUGGGCUAUUUGGACCAUUUCAGCCCCACGUCUAGCGCCCCUCUUCCUUUCCUCCCAGCAGCCUCUUUGAUGCCUGAGCCGGAUUUCUUGCCACCUGUGACGCUGCCUGGCCUGGAGCCCCCUGGUGGGCCUGAUUCCAUGGAUGACUAUGGCUUUCCCUAUGAGCAGUCUUCACCUCUCUUCACUAUGUUGGACCUGUUCUCUGGGCCUGGUGUGGGGGGCAGUGCGGAUGGGGGUGCCCCCCCAGAACCCCACAGCCCAGAGCUGCUAACCCUGGACUCGUACCCUGCCUCAGGCUACGAGGGCACCGCAAGCCUGGUGGGCAGCAAUAUGUUUCCCAACCAGUACCGGGAGGGGGCCUUUGGGGUGGGCGGCCUCCUCCCCCCAGGCCCUGAGGCCACAUAGCACUCAGGACUGGGGUGAUGGAGGAGCUCCCAACUCUCCCCAGGGAGUGAUGGCUCCUCCUCUUCUCCCAGACUCUGCGGAUGGUGGGGCUCAUAUGCCCUAUGGUCACUUGGUGGAGACCUCAGGGGAGUCCAAAGCUCUGGAUAUGAGGCUGCCCUAGAACGGAUGUUGUCCCCAGCAACAGCCCUAAACAGCUCCUACCUGGACUGCCCUGGGCUUCCUCACCUCUUCUAAGUCACUCUGUGGUGGAGAAGCUGCCAAACAGGCAUGUCAUGUCCAGAAGGUCCAAGCCGGGACCUGAUUGGAUCAGACUCUUUGCUAGCACAGGCUACCAAGUCCUCCCCCCUUGGCCUAGAGUAAUAGCUCAUCCUGCCCUUAGCCCAAGACAAUGAGCACCCUGCCCCACCUUAGCCAUGUCAUCUGUAAAGUGCAGGGAGCUUUUUCUCCCCAGUCCAGGAUUAUCACCCCACUCAGGACCGGCAUCUGAGCCUUCUCCCAUUGCCCUGUCAAGUCAACUCAACAUUUUUUAAAGUGCCUACUCCUGUGUAAGGCAUUGUGUGGUCUGCUGAGAAAAUCUACCCCACACCUAGGCUACCCAGCCCUAUCCCGUUAUGGACAGCAUAAGGCCUUUGCCCAUUGGCCCAGGCCCAUUGAUUUUGUCUAAGGAAAUGUCUGCCUGUGCCUAGGCCCUUUCUGAGGGGUACUGCCCUGUCUCCAACCCACUGGCAUAGGGGGACAAAGGGUCCUGGUACCUCUUCCCCUGCUCACUGCUCACCUAGGAAGAGGUGCAGGAGGGCUGGAGGGAGGGAGCAGGGCUGGGCCUGGACUUUUAAGAGUGGGGUCAGAACCCCUUGCCUCCCUUUCCCUUUCCAAUAAAGAUGUGUGAAUUUGUC